CGUAGUUAUAAAUGUUUUUUUCGUGUUUCUUAAUUAACCUUGAGCUGUUUUUAUCUGUUAUAAAACGCUUUGUGGUUUCUUAUUAAUAAUAUAAGUGGUAGCGUAUUUUAUUAUAUUAUUGAUUUAAUUGAAUGAUUAACAAAAAUGUACAAAUAACACAAUAAAAACUACUUAAAAGCCAAAUUAGGAAUAUGGAAAACAGUCUAGUUAAAUUAAACUCUGAUCAGUUCAACUCAGGUGAUGUAGGCGUGUUUUAUUGUGAAGAAAAGUUGUAUUAUGAAGCAAAAAUCAUUUCAUCUUUUAACCUCACCUUGUUACCUUUUUACCUCACUUUUGUAAAUCCGUUGUGAAUUGAGAGAACAGCUCCUGGACCCUGGGAUUCAAGAACGUAUCGCAUGCAGAGAUUAUCACUUUAUUGGCAAGUAAAUGUUAAGGUUAAAUCUUUUCGAAAGUUGUGUGUGAAAAAUGUCAGCUAUGUGAUGGUCUCUUUUUGUUUUGUUCAUCUUAGAUCAUGAAUUUGUAGAGAUUAAUGUGGAUUAUGACAUUUGAUCAUGGCAUGAAACACUUCAGAUAAACUACAUCACAGUUCUCAGAAGUCAGUUUGUUUUGUGCUAUAUUGUUGUUGUUGAUUUGUUUGUUUGUUUGUUUUGUGUGUGCUAACUCUAACCUUAACAGCACCCAAACUGACCAAAGUGUCUCGGAAGAGAAGAAAAAUUAUUAACAUUUUACAUUUUAAAUAUAUGUUUAAACAAGGGACAAUUAACAAGGGACAAUAAUUAAUGGCAUCUUGUCUUAAUUUAUAGAUAAUAUAUCUAGUAAUUUAGUAAAAGUUACAACAAUCUAUAACUAAAAGUUACAAUUUUAAUUUAUAUAUUGAUCAUGUACAAUACAGUAGAAUGAUAAAAAGUAAAAGGAUUGAAUAAUAUUACAGCUUUGAACCACAAAUAAACUGAACAGUACAUUAGUUUUUCUGGUUAUUGUGUGAUUGUGAAAAUUCAUUUUUGUAAUGAUUUUCUCUUUCCCUGUUUGAGCACAUGAAGAGGCAACAACUCACACAUAAUUAUUGUAGCAACAUGAAAUGGUUCCACACUACAAACAUCACAUUAGCCAGCAGAAUUGGUCUUUGUUCGGUUAAUUAAAAUCACUGUCUUGCAUAGAUUAGAAAUCGGGCUAUUUGUACUUUAAUUUACAUUUGAUUGUGCUGAAUUGAUAGGGGAAAAGAAGUUAAUUUACAUUUGCAAAGAAUUACUACAGGUAGAAUGAAAAAAGCUUGGUGGCCGGUCAUACCCGUGUCUUUGAGCAUGAGAAAAAUUUAUUACAUCCAUUACAUCCAAUCAGUAAAAUUGAAAUAUGUUCAUUGUUUAACUCUUUAAAACAACAAUAUCCUUUUUAUAACAUUUUAAAGUACUGAAAUACUGACAUGAAAUGAUUUUUUAAAUAAUUUAUUUUGUAUUUGCACUUUUUGUUAAACCAUGUGUCAACAAAGUUUGAUAGAGUACUUAAUGAACUCUAAUGACAUUUCUUUCAAAUAAAUGCAAGUUCACUUAAACCGAUUUUGCGUUGAAGACUAGGUCCUGACAAAUGAUGCUAUAGUCUAUAAUCAGGUCGGAAUAUCACAUCAGCUUGGAUCUCUUUUAACAACAUCUGGGCAUUUUCUACCUCAAUGGAGUGCUGUUUCUUCACCUUGGGUUUAAUGGAGUAUGCUAAAUCAUGCAGUCAGCAGCUACACUGCCAAAUGGCACUUCUAUAUAAUUAAAAAGUUCAGUGACAUGGAUGUUUGAUGAAGUUGAAAUUGACUCUGCUCAGUUUUGGGUGAUUUGCAUUGUACCUCUGACUGCUUAAAACAGUUUAACAAGUCAAUGUUGAAAACAUUACUUAUCCAUUAGUGUAGGCAUAAUUUUUUUAAAUUAUACUUGGAAGACAUGCAUAGUACAACCUCUGAUUCAGUGAAUUAAUGUUCUUAUGAACUGGAGUUCUUUUAUUUGUUAUUCUUUGUUAUUCUUGAGAGUUGAAUGAGCGUCGCUUGUGUGAACUCGUCAGUUUGAGCAGUGUGGAAAUCAGGCGUGAACACGUGCAAAGAGGGCUGAGGCUGUUUUAAAACUCUCAUAUUAUCCCAGUGCUUUUGAGGCUCUCCAAACUAUGAGAUGCUUCUCUCUCUCUCUCUCUCUCUCUCUCUCUUUCAUGUGUUUGUGCAUGUGUGCACACCCCGUGAGCUCUAAGCCAAUGCUCUGGUGAAGAGGUGAGUGAGCGCAAAACAAGCCUGCUCAGAGAUGCUACACUGAGGCUGUGGGCUUCCUCUCUCACAGUGCACAAAGGCUGCUGGUUAGAAGAGGAGCUCUGGUAUGGACCAGCGUGUCCAUGUGGAAGGCACAGAGCGAGGACAAGCAUGGCGUUUCCUCUCUGGGUGUCCGGCCACAUGCCCUGUCCAGUCUGGCUGCUGGUCUUCUCCUACUCUAUCAGGAUUACUCCAACUCAGUCUGCACUAGUGUUUUCAACUCUGCCCAAAGAUGGUGUUGGUGUUCUGAACAGCCCUCUGAUGCUGCAUUGUGCAGUGUAUGACUCCAGUCCCCAGAGGGCGCUAGCAGUGACGUGGGAGAAGGAUAACGGGGCUCUGGGUGCUGGAGUUCAGCAGAUGGCCAAUGGCUCACUCUUCUUCUCCCAGCUGCAGGAGGAAGACAUGGGAAGCUACAUCUGCAGUGCUAAGAAAGGAAGCCAGCAGAUCACUGCUGCUGUCACAGUUAGCAAAGCAUAUCUGGACAACGUGUUCUUCAGUCCCCAGUCGCAGAUCAUUAAUGAGGGGCAGGACGUGUUUUUUCAGUGUGUGUCUGGGGACAGUUCUCCCCCUGCCAACAUUUCCUGGCUGAAAAAUGGCAGAGCUUUGACCAGAGGAGCUCAGAUUCAGGGUCAAUACGGAGGGGGCGGUCAGAGAAAGACCUCAGGCACCCUGCACCUGGUCAACACCACUAAAUCCGACCAAGGCAUUUAUGCCUGUGUUACCUUUAAUUCCUUCCUGAAUAUCAGUAAAGUGAGCAGUGCUGCCACCCUAGCAGUCCGUGGGUUCCGUGGGAGUCUUGAGAUCACCCAGGGUCCUGAGAAUGUCACAGUCCCCAGUGAAAUGGAGGCAACUCUGCACUGUGCAGUUCUAGGUUUCCCGAUACCAACAGUGCAGUGGUUCAAAGAUGGCCAGAUAUUACCCAAUACCUCUCGAUGGGACCUACUAGACAAUGGACAACUGCUAGUCUUUGAGAGAGUUUUACCUGAAGACGAGGGAUUAUAUCACUGUGAGGCUAACAAUGAUCAGGACAGACGAAGAUCACAACCAGCUUACCUGCUUCCUGCAGUCAUGGAUUGGAUGUUUGUCCUCCAGCCAACCAAUAAGACUGUAAGGAAAGGGGACGCAGUGACUCUGUCCUGCAGACCUCCAGAUAGCAGGCCCCCUGCACAAGUGUCCUGGUUUAGAAACAAUCGCUUGCUCCGCCCCAGGCCUCACUUCACCAUGGAGACCACUGGAGAUCUGCUCUUCCACAGAGUACAAGAGACUGACAGGGGAUAUUACUUCUGUCGGGCAUCUAAUUCUUACCUGCGAAGAGCUGUAGCCUCAAGAAAGAUUUUCCUGGAAGUUCUUGCUCCCCCAUCUGUGACCAUAAGGCCCAUGGCAGUUACCUCUGCAGUGGGAGGUGAGGUGUUGCUUCAGUGCCUGGUGUCAGGGCACCCUGUUCCCUCCAUAGAGUGGUCGAAGCAGGGCCAUUCAGCAAGAACAGGAGGCAGAAUAAUCAUGGGUGUGAGGAAUGCCACUCUUUACAUCUCCUCGGUGAGGAUCCAUGAUGAAGGCUUUUACACGUGCACAGCAUCCAGUUCUGUGGGACAGGACAAGAAGACCACUACCCUGCGUGUUACUGUUGCAGCCAAGCCGGUCAUUGUGUGGUUUGUGGGAUCGGUGAACGUGUCCAGGGGAGGCACCAUCACACUUCCGUGCCGAGCCAACGGAAACCUGCCAGUGAAAUACAGCUGGACCAGAAUGGGCCUUCCCAUUCCUCUCCAUCCUUCACCACGGAUACGUGUCGAUGACAAUGGGACCCUACACAUCUCCAAUGCAAACCAGUCAGAUAUAGGAGAAUACUACUGCACUGCUCAAAAUGGAGUGGGUCAGGACAGGAGAAAGGCCAUGGUAAUAGUGUUGUCAGCGGAAGAUGAUUCUGAGGAGGAUGUGUUGUCUUCAGUUCAAGAAAUCAAGCCGGAACAUCCAAAUUCCACCAUUUACCUGAAGGACUCAACGACACAUUCUAUCAGUGCCUCUACCCCAUAUAUCACCUACAAUCACGAUGGCAUGAACAGUGGAGGAGAACAGCAACAUGAGCACAAUCUAACAACAACAGAGAUAUUGCUUUCCAAACCCAAACAACAUUACCCCCAACCCCUAGAACUGCAUGCACAAAACAAAAAUAUGUAUAUUACUUCUACUAUUUUGAUCAAACCAAAUUCACAGCAGGCAACACUUGAUCCACACCUACAAGCUCCACCACAAGCUACGUACACCCUGUCCUCUGUGGGAAUCAGUCAACUUUCAAACUUAUAUCAGGAUAACUUCUCACCCACUUCAUUGCCUCAGGCACAGGGUGAUCUUACUCAGACAACUAGGUUCACAAGUUCUGGUGCAAACAGUAUUGCUACCCGAGAGCCUAUGGUGGUACAACAGAAUUGGAGUCAUCCCAGUGAGCAACUUGGUGCCACUAAGGCAUCAAGGACAAAUUAUACAGAACUUGUAGAAACAUUGAAGAAAAACACUUCUAAGGCCCCUAUGAAGACCGCGGACAACAAUGGCAGGGAAAAGAGUUGGUUACCUGUGCUUGAAAAACAUGACAUCCCCAUUGUGGUAGGGGUGGGAGUUUCCUUGGCAUUCAUUUUCAUCACCAUGGCUUUCUAUUCCUUGUUUCGGCAAAAUGACCCUGCAGCAGUUCCCACAGGACGGGGGGCUUUGCGAGGUCUUGGGGGUCCAUGCAGACAUGGCGAGCGUCUAGCAGUUGAAAGGACAUAUGAUAACAGGGCGUUUGAGGAUGACAAUAUGGUUGCCGUUAUUGAGCAAAGCCCGAACACGUCGGAGACAAGAGCCUGUCCUCCACUGUCCAGUCCAUCCACCUUGUUGAUGGAGCCAUCUUAUGACGACAUCCAAGAGGAGGUGCAGCCCAUCCGAGACCUUUCAGUCAUAGUGGAAUCACAUCCUGAGACCUCUGAGGAGGAGCAGUUAGAGACCUCGUUCGAGGAAGGGAAGGCCAUACCCUCCCCGCAGUCUGACAUCCAGCUCCAGUGCCUGGAGGACUGGAGGAGCCGGGACUUCAGCCAAUCCCAGGAGGCCCUUUCGCCAUCACCCCCGGCCCAAUCCCAGCCACCCGAGGGCCUCCGCUCCUCGCUGACCUUGCAGACCAGCGAGCCCAGCUCGGCGCCGCUCCAUCACAGCAUCAGCAUCUCCCACAACUCCUCGCCCCUCCUGCUCUCCCACUGUAUCUCCCUGGGCAUGACCUCCGUAGCUGUGGAUGUGCGCUUCUACCCAUCGGCCUCCAGCUCCGACCAUCCCACCCCCUGCUCCACCUUCAGUCCCCCUGGGCGUCAGAGCAGCUCCAGGCUGGAGCACGAGCAAACGACUGCUUCCACACAGCAUGGGAAAUAAAUGAGCAUGGCAGGGUUUGUACUCACCAAGUCCUCGGUUAUGAAUAGAUGUAGGUCACUUUGCUGGAAUGUUGCUGGAUGGUUACUCUUUUUGCCAUUUCUUUUCUUGUGUUGUUUGAAGUUGCUGAUGUUUUUCUCUCUUUUUUCACUCUCUGGUAUUAUUAUGGCUCUUAUGACAGGUUGUAGUGAAUGUGUGGAAGAUUUCCUUGGAAGAGCAAAAUAAAAUCAGGCUUGAUAGUACCAGUUGCUUUUUAACUCUCUACUAAUGCCAAGAAUAUUUAACAUAUUUUGUGUCUAUACUAGUACUGCGGAAAUGACAAGGAAUUCAAUAAUGUUUUCAUUAUUUUUAAUGUAGCAUUUUUUUUAGUAGUAAUGGGACUUGAAGCAAAUAGGUGAUUUUAGAGAAUGGACACCACUAAUCUAUUUAAACUGGUCUGCAUAUUCUGCAUUAUUUUAAAUGGUUUAGUAGGUGGGGAAUGAUGACAACUCUUGCAGUUUAGGUGAUUUUUCCUAGUGCAAAUCAAUAUGACUGUUAUAUUUACAUUUACCAAAGGCUGUUCUACGUUUCUACUGAUUGAUUCUGUGUUUUAUGCUCGUACAAAAAUAUUUUACAUCAGUCAAAAUGUUACUUUAAAUAAUGCCAAUGGCAUCCAGUUAUUGUGUGUUAAGUUUGAAAUUCAGAUCUUUAAACAUGUUAAUAACAGUUAAUAAAACUCUAUGUUAAUAUAUUUGUUUACCGGGCCAGUGUUUCUUCCAGAUAUUAUUUACAAUUUUUGAAUGAGUCAGACAUUUUACAGAGAAAAAAGGUUUUACACAGAAACCUGUAUGUCAUUCAUAAGAGUUAAACUUUAUUAUGCCUGCAAUAAAAUGCAGAUGUUGUGGUGAAAAUGUUUUUUGGCCAUCUUCCUCUAUGUUUAGGACGUUUUCAUGGUACACAAUAUGUCUAUCCAUUUGUUUCACUACACACUGUCUUAUUCUCACAUCACUGAACUAGGAGAAAUAAUACCAAGGUAAACAAACACCUUUGAACAACAAUAAAAACAAAUGUAGUCUCUCAGCAAAUAAACUAACAAAAAAAGAGAGAAAGAAAUCAAAAGCAGUUAUAAUCUGUUGAACUCAAUCUAUAAUCUAUAAUAAUAAUUCAAUUAACAGUCUACAAUCUAUGCUCUUCACCUGCUUGAUUACAACUAGCUAUCUUAAUUUUAAAAUGACAGUUGUGUACUAAAAUGAAAGAAAUGACUGCCAAAUUAUCAUUCAGUGAGGUUCAACAAAUGACUGGUCCCAAUUGAUCAUCUUUAACUGACUAGUACAUCGGAAGACUUGCUACUUCUAACAAGAGUUUCACUGGAAGCCAUCACAUAUCAGAAAUUAAUCUUUAGCAGCCUAUAUGUUAAUACUCUUCACCCUUUUUUAAGAACAACACUUCAAUAUUUGACUGGACAGAGAUUGCAGCUAACAGUGGAUUACACUCUUUUGGCAUCGUCACUGUAAACUAGGUUAGGUGAUAUGCAAGACAUUAUGCUUGACACAGCUUUGAAACCCUUUGAAACCUCAACUGCAACUGUGACUCAGCUCUCAGACACUUCAGAAAUGAGUAUAGCUUCCUCUUUUUCUCACUUCCCCUGCCUUCUUUAAGGAAGUAUUAAAGUCAAUCCAAAAGUCAUUCAGUACAAAAUGCAUCCAUUCUAAAGGUUGGUCUCCCAAAAGCAAUAUAGCUUUGAUCAUCUUUACUGUAUUUUUUUUUUUAAAUAAAUAAAAAAAAA